UGCUGUUGCGCACGUGCGUAGAGACGCACGAGCCAACAUGGAAGCGUGCAGUGUGGAGGAGCUGCUGGCCAAAGCCGAGCAAGACGAGGCGGAAAAGCUGAAGAGCAUCACCGUCCAGAAGGAGCUGGACCUGGAGUUCGACAUCGGGAACCUGCUCGCGUGUGACAAGAACCGCCUCGAGCUGCGGGACCUGAAGAAGGGGCAGAAGAAGCAGGACUUCCUCCGGUCGCUGGCGCGAGACAACACGCAGCUUCUCAUCAACGAGAUAUGGAAGCUCCCCACGGAGAGGGUCGAGGGGACCAUCGUGGCCAAGCUGCCCGCCCCCGCGACCCCGCUGCCCAGAGAGAAGCCCCCGCCGAAGCCGAGACCCCCGACGAAGUGGGAAGAGUUCGCCAAGCUGAAAGGCAUCCAGAAGAAGAAGAAGACCAACCUGGUCUGGGAUGAGAACGCGAAGGAGUGGAGGCGGCGGUGGGGCUACAAGCGGGCCAACGACGACACCAAGGAGUGGCUGAUCGAGGUGCCGCAGACCGCGGACCCCAACGAGGACCAGUUCGCCAAGCGGGUCAAGGCCAAGAAGGAGAGGGUGGCGCGGAACGAGUUCAACCGGCUGAGGAACAUCGCCAGGGCGCAGAAGGUCAAGGUCCCCGGCGCGGGGGGGCUGACCCCCAAAGCCCAGCAGUCCAAAGACGAGCUGACCCGGGCCGUGAGCGUGGCCAAGACCUCCACGGCCUCCAUGGGCCGCUUCCAGGAGCGCCUGCCCAAGGAGAAGCCGGCCAAGAGCUCCGGCAAGAAGAGGAAGUUCGAGCCCCUCAUCGGCGACUUUUCCAGCGAGAAGGAGAAGCAGCUGGAGCUGCUGAAGCUCAUGGAGAGCAAGAAGCCCAAGCUGGACAUCACCAAGGCGGUCAACAAGCAGCUGAGAGAGGAGGACAGCGAGGAGGCUGCGGCCAAGCACAAGAGGGGGGCCGGGAAGAAGAACCGCAGGAGCAACAUGGGAGGAAAGGGCAAAGGAAAGGGGGGCAAGGGCAGAGGGGGAGGGGGCAAACCUGGGGGCAAACCUGGGGGCAAACCUGGGGGGAAACCUGGGGGGAAACCAGGAGGGGGCAAGCCUGGGGCGGGGAGAGCAGGAGGGGGGAAGAAGAAAGGCAAACCUGGUAAACACUGA